GGACUAUUUAGCCAGAACUAUUUCCUUUAAAGCUCGCGGUGGGGAAGUGUCAAUAACACCCCACCUAUGUUCUAUGGUGGAGGAAGAUGACAUAACUCUUCGCUAGUAUUUUCCUGCCUAAACUUCUCUAUUUCUAAAACUCUAACAUGCUCUCAGUGUCCGAAUUCUUAUCACCAACACUAUUUAGUCUACAGUAUAAUAUCUUUCAAUGGUUCAUUCAGAGAAACUUGACGUAGAUCUCAAAGAGAUAUACGAUUUUGCUAUUAGUUUAGCCAAACAAGCUGGUGAAAUAUUAGUAAAGGAAUCUUCGAAUAGAAAUCAUAAUAUAAAACUUAAAAAGAAUACUGUUGAUAUAGUAACCGAAACUGAUGAACGUGUAGAACAAUUUAUAAAGACAAGUAUAUUGUCUAAGUAUCCUAACCAUAAGUUCAUCGGGGAAGAGACGUAUAGUUCUGGUCAAACAAGAGAUUAUCUUGUCGAUGAUUCUCCAACAUGGGUAGUUGAUCCAUUAGAUGGAACAGUUAACUAUGUACAUUUAUUCCCGAUGAUCUGUGUAUCUAUUGGAUUUACCAUCAAUGGCAAAACUGUUGUAGGUGUUAUAUAUGCUCCAUUUUUAAACCAGAUAUAUUCAGCCUACAAAGGUGGAGGUUCAUGGUUAAAUGAGACAACCAAACUUCCAUUGCAAGAAACACCUUUAUCACAAGAAGCUCCCAAAGGUUGCAUCUUUCUGUGCGAAUGGGGGAAAGACAGAAAGGAUUAUCCUGAUCUGAAUUUACAUAAGAAAGUCGAAUCAUUUGUUAAUAUGGCUGCUGAAAUAGGAGGUAGAGAUGGUAAAGGAGGAAUGGUUCAUGGUGUUAGAAGCUUAGGUAGUGCAUCUUUAGAUUUAUGUUUUGUGGCUACAGGUGCCUUUGACAUUUGGUGGGAAGCUGGAUGUUGGGAAUGGGAUGUUUGUGCUGGUUUUAUUAUUGUAGAAGAAGCAGGUGGAUUAAUUACCACAGCCAAUCCUCCUCCAAAUACUGAAGUAAUCCCUCCUGCUCAUCUAGGUUCAAGAUUAUAUUUAGCAAUUAGAGGUUGUACAGAUAACGAGCAUGAACCUGCCCAAAAAAGUCAAGAGAGAGUAGUUCGAGAAGUUUGGAGACGAGUUAGACAAUUGAACUACAAUAGACCCGGCGUCAAUUAAUAGUAUAGUACAUCAAUAUUAUUAUCAUUUUAUUAAUUUUUAUUAAAU